UUGCAAUGAAUUAAGAAAACAUAGGUCAAAUAGUACGAAUUGUAUUCUGCACGUCCUUGUGCUUUAAUAUCGGUUUAACUUAUCUUCGUGUUUCUAUUAAUUUUCAUCACAAACAUUUUGUUAAUAAUAAUAGUUUCCCAUACACUGGAGAACACGUGAAUGUGAUUUAUAGACAAACAAUUGUUGAAAUCAAGCAAUUACUAUGAAGGGUUCAUCGGUUUUCAAGAAACCAAGUAUGAAGGUUUAUCUUCGAACGUCUUAGUAAAAUGUAUUCAUUUAUCGUAUCAAUGUAAAUGACAUAGUUUUGCUUGGAUUUCAUUUUUAAGAGAUCAUAUGGGAAAACAACUUUACAAAUAAAAUUAUUACAGAUAAAAAAAAAUUAUUUCUCUAUUGGAAAGUCGUUUAUAUUCAAGUGCAUCUGAAGCUUCUUUUGAAACUAAGCCAUUUAAGUUACACAAGUUGGAUAGUGGACCGAGCACUAGUGUAACUUUAAAUUCUGAGGAUGCAGUUAAGUACUAUACCCAAAUGCAAACUAUUCGCCGUAUCGAGACAGCUGCUGGUAACCUAUACAAGGAAAAAAUUGUUCGAGGUUUUUGUCAUUUAUAUUCUGGACAGGAAGCAUGUGCUGUUGGAAUGAAAGCUAUGUUCCGAGAGCAAGAUUCUAUUAUCACUGCUUAUCGAGCUCACGGGUGGACAUAUCUUAUGGGUAUCAAGCCGUUUGGCGUACUAGCAGAAUUAACUGGUCGGAAAGGUGGAAAUGCACGAGGAAAAGGUGGUUCUAUGCACAUGUAUGCAAAGAAUUUUUAUGGUGGCAACGGGAUCGUUGGAGCUCAGGUACCCCUUGGUGCAGGCAUUGCAUUUGCCGCUAAGUAUUCGGGUACAGGUGGUGUGUGUUUUGCUUUAUACGGAGAUGGAGCUUCUAACCAAGGACAAGUAUUUGAAACUUACAACAUGGCUAAGUUGUGGAACAUUCCUUGUAUAUUUGUUUGUGAAAACAAUGGUUAUGGAAUGGGAACAAGUGCUGAUCGGUCGUCUGCUAGCACUGAUUAUUACUCACGUGGAGACUAUGUACCUGGUAUUUGGGUAGAUGGCAUGGAUAUAUUAGCUGUUCGGGAGGCUUCUCGUUUCGCCAUUGACUAUUGUACAAGUGGCAAAGGGCCAAUAGUAUUAGAAACAGCAACUUAUCGUUAUUCAGGACAUUCCAUGUCUGACCCGGGAACAUCAUAUAGGACUCGAGAUGAAAUUCAAGAAGUGCGUCAAACAAGAGAUCCAAUUACGUCUUUCAAAACAAAAAUCCUCGAUGCCAACUUAGUUACAGCUGAUCAGUUAAAGGCCAUUGAUAGUUCAGUAAAAGCUGAAAUUGAUGACGCUGUGAAAAAAGCUAAAGCUGAUACUGAAGUGCCAUUGGCUGAAUUGGCUGGUGAUAUUUACUCAGCACCACUGGAAAAAUCAAUUAGAGGUGUAAGUCCGUUCCAACCUCUAGAACAUAUUACAGUAGGAAAAGCUGUAAAUUUGAAUUAACGUUAAUUAAAAACAAAUUUGUAAUUUUACUAAAAUGCCUCUAUAUAAAAGUUAUUUUUUAUUUGUAAUAAAUUGUUAAGAGUUGUUUUUGUGUAGAAAUUCGGCAUUCCUCAUGAGCAAACUAUAGUCAAAAUUUUAUAUUGUUAAAAGUGUUAUAUUGUUUUUCAAUAAUCAACAGAUGUUGUAAAAAUACAAUGAUUUGUAUUUAAAUGUUUUACAAUUUAGCAAAAAUUAAAAUGUAUACUCAAGCAAUAAAAUAUUUUAUUUGUUUUCGAUAAUUAUUUACAUAUUUACUAUAUGAUUAGUAUUUGUUAGCAUAAGCCUAAAAGUUUUAUAAGAGGAAACUACUACCAUUUAUUAAGGAGUAAUGAAUAGACAACUUUUCACAAAAUUGUUAAGAUCUUAAACUAUAGUAUAUAAUUAAUAAUACAGUAAUAAAGAUCCUAUUUACUUCAAA